AUGGUUGCAGCAGAAACCUCGCCGUCUCGUCACGGCCCCGAGCCCAUUGCCAUCAUCGGCAGUGGGUGCAGAUUCCCCGGUGGUUCCAAUUCACCCUCAGCGCUCUGGGAGCUGCUGAAGAAGCCCAGAGACAUCCUGAGUGAGAUUCCGCCAAGCCGAUUCGAUGUUCGAGGCCAUCAUCACCAAGACCCCCAGUUUCCGGGCCACGCCAACGUCAGGCAUUCCUACCUCUUGGAAGAAAACAUUGCUCACUUCGACGCCCCCUUCUUCAGCAUCACCCCGGCAGAGGCUGCUGCCAUGGAUCCCCAGCAGCGUCUGCUCCUGGAGACGGUGUACGAGGCAAUGGAAGUCUCGGGCUUGACUAUCGAGGGCCUGAAAGGAUCCAACACAGGAGUGUACGUGGGAUUAAUGUACGGAGAUUACGAAGCACUCCAAUACCGUGACCUGCAGAGCAUUCCCACAUACCACGGACUUGGUACUGCCCGAAGCAUCGUUUCCAACCGCGUCUCGUACUUUUUCGACUGGCACGGACCGUCGAUGACUGUGGACACGGCCUGCUCGUCCAGUCUGGUCGCUGUCCAUCAGGCCGUGCAGGCGUUGCGGUCCGGAGAUGUUCGCGUUGCCCUGGCGGCGGGGACGAACCUGCUCCUCGGGCCGGAGCCGUACAUCUACGAGAGCAAGCUGAAAAUGCUCUCCCCCGGGGGCCGAUCACGCAUGUGGGACAGGGACGCCGAUGGUUAUGCCCGCGGCGAGGGCGUGGCAGCCGUCAUGCUCAAGACGCUGAGUGCCGCUCUGGCAGAUGGAGACCGGGUCGAGUGCAUUAUUCGCGAAACUGGUGUGAAUCAGGACGGGCGCAGCCGGGGAAUCACGAUGCCGAGCGCAUCAGCCCAGGCGGCGUUGAUCAAGGCCACGUACAGACGAGCGGGCCUUGAUCCGGCCUCCGAGACCGAUCGGUGCCAAUACUUUGAGGCACACGGCACUGGUACCCCUGCCGGUGACCCUGUGGAGGCUGAGGCCGUCCACACUGCAUUCUUCGGUCACAAGACGGAAGACGAACGUUCCGAGCCCAGACUAAUUGUUGGUUCCAUCAAGACCGUCAUCGGACACACAGAAAGCACCGCCGGCCUGGCCGGCAUCUUGAAGGUCUCCCAGGCUUUGCAGCAUGGACAUGUCCCGCCAAACCUACUGUUCAGUCAGCUCAACCCCAACGUACAACCGUUCUAUAAGCAUCUGCACAUCCCGCAGCAUCUCACGCCGUGGCCGCAAGUGCCACACGGCCAAUGUCGCCGCGCGAGCGUCAACAGUUUCGGAUUCGGAGGCACCAACGCCCACGUGAUUCUGGAAAGCUUCCGAGGCGGAGCCGCGGAAGACCGCCCGGAUAAACUACGACCGAAACCGAGACCGAGACCGAGACCCGUGACGCCCUUUCUCUUUUCGGCGCAAUCAAAGCAGUCGCUCUUGGCCAACCUCGGCGCAUAUUCUCGCUUCCUCGAGCAGCACCCAAACACGGAUCCCCAAGAUCUCGCCUGGUCCUUGCAGGCGCGCCGAUCCCGCCUACAGCUUCGUGUCCAUUUUCCUCCAUCACCCGUUGACGAGCUUCAGUCCAGUCUGAAAAAGUUGAUCGGAAACUUUCAACCGGAUCCGCGGUCAGCGAGCACGGGGGAUGGGCCGAGAGAAGCUCGAAUCCUGGGAUUGUUUACUGGACAAGGAGCGCAAUGGGCCCGCAUGGGUGCAGAGCUGAUCGAGACUUCUGCCCAUGCCUCUCGAGUUUUGUCAGAUCUGGACAGGUCCUUGCAACGCUUGCCUGAGGGUGACCGACCGCCCUGGACGCUGAGACGAGAGCUUCUCGCCGAUGCCUCAUCCAGCAACGUUGGUAACGCUGUCAUAUCACAGCCGCUGUGUACUGCGGUUCAGCUGAUCCUCGUUGAACUUCUCAAGACAGCUGGCAUCCGAUUCUCCGCCGUCGUUGGCCAUUCCUCGGGAGAGAUCGCGGCUGCCUUUGCCGCAGGCUACUUGUCGUCAUGGGAUGCCAUCCGCGUAGCAUAUUACCGAGGCUUUCACUCACACCUUGCUACUGGUCCUGCGGGAUCUUCUGGUGCCAUGUUGGCUGUUGGGACUUCCUUACAGGAUGCCCGAGAACUCUGCAAUGAUGAGGCGUUUGUGGGUAGGAUCACCGUAGCGGCUUGUAACUCUCCGCUCAGCGUGACGUUGUCGGGAGAUGAGGAUGCGGUUGCUGAAAUGAGAGAUAUAUUCGAAGAUGAGCGCAAACUUGUUCGCCCACUGCGGGUCGACAAAGCGUACCACUCUCAUCACAUGCUGGCCUGCUCACGGCCCUAUCUGAAUUCCAUCGAGAAUAUCUCCACCGCCACGCCCGGCCCUGGAUCGCCAGCUUGGUUCUCGAGCGUAUACCCGGACCGAAAGCCCCAUGACAUGGCGUUGAUUACUCCCUCAUACUGGGUCGAUAAUCUUCUGUCCCCGGUGUUGUUCAUGCAAGCUGUUGAACGUGCGGUUUUCUCAUCUCCUUCAUUUGAUGCCGCUGUAGAGGUUGGGCCUCACCCUGCUCUCAAGGGCCCCGUCCGAGAUACGUUGCAGCAGCUUCAAGUUCAAAUCCCUUACACAGGAAUGCUUGAGCGGAAAGUAGACUCGGUUCAAAGUGUUUCAGGUGCCCUGGGGUACCUCUGGUCACACGUAGACCAUGUUUCGGUCGAUUUUGACGCGUUUGCGGACAGUUUUGGGGGUCGUAACACACCUCGAUUUCUGCCAGGCCUGCCCACGUAUAAGUGGAAUCACGGACACGAGUAUUGGAGUGAAUCAAACCUCUCCCGCAACUUGAGGCAGCGCAGCCACGCUGUUCACCUCCUGUUGGGUGACUUGAGCCCACACAGUUCCUCGCAUCAGCUUUCGUGGAAACACAUGCUGCGGCCGAAAGAUAUACCUUGGGUCCACGGCCACCGCAUACAGGGGCAGACUGUCUUUCCAGCAGCCGGGUAUGUUGCUACUGCCCUUGGAACUGUGCCGUUCUUGGCAAACGACCAGCAGGUGCGGCUGGUGGAGGUGGUCGGUCUCGUCAUCCAUCAGGCCAUGGUAUUCGACAAUGACGACCAAGAGUCGGGGAUUGAGGUGCGGUCUACUGUGAGCAGCAUUGGCCGCGACGACCCGAAAUGCAUUACCGCAAGUUUUACCUAUGAAUCAUGCACGGCGAGUGCUUCGUCGUUUCAAAUGGUCGCAACCGGCAAGCUAUUGAUUCACCUUGGCGAGCCAUCACGGGAGGUGCUGGAGGCGGCUAGAUGUGAUGACCGUAAUCUCAUACAGGUUCCCGCAGAAAGGUUCUACUCUUCCCUGAAGGACACUGGGUACGAAUACGCCGACUCGUUCAGAGCAGCGACACAUUUGAGGCGAAAGCUUGGUAAGGUCUCUGGCUCGCUAGCCACCACGCCGCUGGAGUCCAACGGGGAGAUUCUCGCCGUUCACCCUGCCGUGUUGGAUGCUGCCUUUCAUUCUGUACUCUUGGCCUUCAGCUACCCGGGUGACGGUCAGCUCUGGUCACUACACCUGCCUACCCAAAUCCGUCGCAUUCGAGUCAACCCGACCUUGUGCGGAGCUUCAUUAGUUGCCGCUGGCCAAGUGCCCUUUGAAGCUUCGAUUCCCCUCGGCACCAAGCAACAGGGCAUGUCUGGGUUUGAAGGAGACGUCGAAAUUCACAGUCACGAUGGGAAUCACUGCGCAAUUCAAGUUGAAGGACUCCACGUCGUACCGUUUACACCGGCAACCGCUGCUGAUGACGAGCAACGGUUCUACGCCAUGCGGUGGAUCAAAGCAGAGCCAGACGCCGCCGCUUCUGGCCCGUGCCGGGCGACUGCGGAGGAACAGGAAUUGGCGGAUGUUCUAGAGCGCGGCAGCUUCUUUUAUCUGCGCCAGCUGGAGAGUCAAAUUGCCCCGGAUUGCCCUGGCCGGUUGGACAAAUAUCACGCGGCCUACCUCGACUUUGCGGCCCACACUAUACGAGAAUGCGAACAAGGCAGGCACCAGUACGCGAAACCAGAAUGGCUGAAGGAUAACAAGGAGACCAUCCUAGGCAUGGCAGAGCGAUUUUCGGACCGUCCCGAGGUCAAGGCUAUGCACGCCGUUGGAGAGCACAUGCACAGCGCGAUUCGGGGCGAGACGACCAUGUUGGAGCAUUUGAUCAUGAACGGCAUCCUGGACGAAUAUUACGCCAGAGCACUCAGUAUGGCUCAAAUGACACCAGUACUUGCCGACAGCGUAUUGCAGGUCGUUCGCCGGUAUCCAUUUCUCAAGGUUUUGGAGGUUGGGGCCGGUACGGGAGGUGCAACGAGGCAGAUCUUGCGACGCAUCGGUAAUGACUUUGCUUCGUAUACAUUUACGGAUGUAUCGCCCGGGUUUUUCGAGAAUGCCCAAUCGGAGUUCGCCCCCUACGAAGAGAGAAUGACGUACAGCACUCUAGAUCUCGAGGCCGACGUGGAAGACCAGGGCUUCAAACAGGGUGCCUACGACAUUGUAGUAGCAUCACUGGUCAUUCACGCGACGAAGAAUCUGGAAGAGACGCUCCGCCGGAUCCGGCAUCUCGUGAAGCCCGGAGGGUACCUGGUGGCGUGUGAAGUGACAAAUGCGAAUGUUAUUCGCGUAAACUCCCUCUUUGGCUGCCUACCAGGUUGGUGGCAGGGCAUGGAGGAGGGCCGGACUCUUGGUGCUGCCGUGAGCGGCGCAAAGUGGGAUUCGCUUUUGCGAAACUCCGGCUUUUCUGGAAUAGACAGUAUUUCGUCGGUUCAAGACUCGAUGGUGUUUCCGACUUCAGUGUUUGUCUCGCAGGCGGUCGAUAGCUGGGUGGAAUUCCUACGAGAGCCGCUUCUCCCGAGCCCGGUACUCCCUGCCGGGCAAUCUUUCAUUAAGAAGCUUUUCAUCGUUGGGGGCAUCACGUUCCAGGUUGCGCGCUUGAUCGGAAAUGUCCUCAAGCUUGUCCGACCAUUCUGCGACGACGUCGUUCGUGUCCAAACCUUGGAAGGGCUGGAUCAAGCUGGCUUCGGCACGGACUCUACUGUGCUUGUUCUUGAAGACGUGGAACAUGCCGUGUUCAAGGACAUUACAGCAGGUAGAUUCGAGUCGCUGAAGAACUUGUUUGGUUCAGAAAAGACCGUCGUUUGGGUCACCCAAAACCGACGAACCGACAAUCCUUUUGCCAGCAUGCCAGUUGGCUUUGCGCGCUCAGCGCUGUGGGAGGUUCCUGAACUCCGCUGCCAGUUUCUCGACUUUGAGGGCAGCCCCGAGAUAGAUGCAAGAGUGCUGGCAGAGUCACUUCUGAGAUUCCAAGCCACCUCAUCUCCGCGGGCGCAAAACCAAGACGAUGCAUUAUGGUCUGUCGAGUCCGAGGUGGUCGUCACCCGUGAUGGGAGUCAACAGGUGCAGCGCAUGGGACCAGUCCAAGACGCAAAUGAUCGAUACAACUCAGCACGUCGACUGGUAACAAAGAAUGUCAAUCCCGAAAGCUGUCCGCUGGGAGUGUCCAAGACAGAUGCCGGCUACAUCGUGAACGAAGUGCGGGCUCCGGGAAGCAACGUGAAGGCCAGCCACACUGUUCACCUUCAAGUCAACUACUCUACCCUGCGAGCAGUUCGUACAAUUGCUGGAGAUGCGUUCCUGAUCAUCGGGAAAUGCAGACGGACAGGCGUGCAAUACAUCGGUGUUACAGACUCUGUGGUUUCGCUCAUGGAUGUCCAGAAAGACAGGCUGCACACCGUUUCGAUUUCGUCGCAAUCUGAAGCACAUCUUUUGAGAUUUCUGGCGGCAAAAUUGGUCAUGGACAAGUCUCCAAAAGCUUUGAGAAAGGCCAAGUCUGUUGUGAUAAACGACGCACCUCUAGAACUGGCCACGCUUCUCCGAAGCUUCGCAGCUGACGCGGGUAUCAAAUUGACUUUCACGACGACAUCUGAACAGGACGCGGAACGGCAAGGUGGGAUAUACGUCCAUCCUUAUUCCCGACAGUCUCUAUUGAAAUCGCUGAUGACCCCCGACACAUCUACCUUUGUUGACUUGUCUCCUGCGGGAAGGCAAUCGGCGCAGUCGAGAUUGCUGUCAUCUUGUCUACCACCCACUGCAGACACGAUUGAUGUGGAAAAAAUGUUCCCGACAUCAACUCGGGACCCUUACUGUGCCGCAGCCGACUCCGUUCUGUCGAAAGACUGGCUGCAAAGCGCAAUGGAUAUGGUAUCGGCAGGUGCCGAUACCGUCACCGAUCCGAAACUUGUCAAGAUUGGGGACAUCACUGAGAAGGGAGAAUUCAUCGAUGCUCUUACAAUCGUCGACUGGAAUUCCGACAGCGUUCCAGUUACCGUCCAGCCCGUGCAGGCGUGUUUGAAGCCAGACAAAACCUACUGGUUGGUCGGCUUAUCUGGAAGCCUGGGACUGUCAAUAGCAGACUGGAUGAUGCAGCAUGGCGCCACUACUUUGGUUAUUAGCAGCAGAAAUCCUAAAGUGGACGAGGCAUGGCUAGAUGCCGCAAGUCGUCGAGGCGCCACCGUGCGAACCAUGAGCAGCGACGUGGCCGAUUUCGAAUCAUUGCGAACUACGUACGAGGAAGUGAAAAAUACCCUGCCUCCGCUUGCUGGCGUUGCCCAAGGAGCAAUGGUACUGAAAGACGUGGCAACUCGCGACAUGACUCUGGAAGACUUGGUUCAGGUCCUCCGACCGAAAGUCGAGGGGAGUCUCAAUCUGGACCGUCUCUUACGAAGCGAGCCGCUCGACUUUUGCGUCUUCUUUUCGUCCCUCGCCUCUGUUGCUGGUAACCUUGGCCAGGCAAAUUACACCGCCGCGAAUGCCUUUAUGAGCGGUUUGGCUCAGCAACGACGCCAACGCGGACUCGCAGCUUCUGUAAUGGACCUUGGACCUGUCCUAGGAAACGGCGUCAUUACUCGGGAGUUGGGAGACGACCUGGGAGCUGCAUUGGCUGCCAGAGGGCUCUUGGCGAUUUCCGAAUCCGACGUACAUCAACUGUUUGCAGAGGCCAUCAACUCAAGCCAUCCGACUUGGGACGGCGAUUGGCAAAUCGCAACCGCGUUCAAGAAGCUUCCAGAGAGCGCGCCAAACAGGCCCCCAUGGUACACCUAUUCCCAAUUCGCGUGCUUCGCGCUGCGUGAGGCUGUGCACGACGUCAACCCAAGCGGCGGACAGCGGGAAGGCGUUUCGAUCAGUGACCAGCUCGCCAAUGCAACAUCACGAGACAAUGUGGAGGAGAUCAUCACAGACGCGUUUACCAGAGAACUUCGCAAGAUGCUCCGCCUCGGCGAGGACUACGCGAUUACAACAUCAAUCCGCACCGAUGAGCUUGGUCUCGACUCCCUCGUCGCCGUUCGAAUCAGGUCUUGGUUUUUGAACAACUUCCAGGUCAACAUCCCCGCUCUGAGGAUUCUGAUGGGUGCAUCACUCAAAGAUCUCAUUCUGCAAGCCCUGGAAGGCGUACCUGAGGAGUUGACGCCAAACUUAUCGUCAGCUCAGACCUCGGAGCCAGAGGCCGCUGGUCCUGUAUCAUUGUCGUCUCGGGAAUCUGCCGAUGGCGCCCCAGAACAAGAAGACAGCCCGCCGUCUACAAACUCGCAAACAGAGGUUUCGUCAGUACAGGAUGAGCCGACUUCGUCGUCAGAGGACAGCGACCCGCAAAUUGAAGCCAAAAUGCAGCGAAUCGGUCGCAUUUCUUACACACAGUCAGUGUUCCUGUUUGUUCAUGAGCUAUUGGAUGACAAGGCGACUCUGAACAAUACAGGCAUGCUUCAUCUCGAGGGGGAAAUCCGCGUCGGCGAUCUGUCGCAAGCCGUCCGAGACAUGGGGAUCCGGCACGAAGCAUUGCGAACUCGAAUAUACACCGUGGACGGUCAGAUCGUACAAGGAGUUAUGGACUCGCCAACACUAAUGCUGGAGCGCAAACGGGUGUACGCCGUGGAGGAUGUAUUCAAGGAAUAUGGGAUCCUCAAAACUCACGUCUUUGACCUGACCCGCGGCCAAACCAGCAGGGUACUCUUACUGUCGCGUUCCUCCCGAGAUCACUACCUCUUAAUCGCGUCUCAUCACAUAAUCUUUGACAGAGUUAGCACUGGCAUCUUCCUCAGCGACCUCGAUCGCAUGUAUAGUGGACAGUCGGCUCUCGCAGACCCUCUCCAAUAUUUGGAUUACUCGAGUUCGCAAUACGAGGAGUACCAGUCGGGAAACUGGAAACCAAGCAUCGACUUCUGGCGCAGCGAGUUUUGCACAAUUCCUGAGCUUUUGCCUCUGCACCGUAGUCGUAUCGAUGAACGUCGCCCGCUGGACCGCUAUGCGUCCCAUGUCGUGGACUUCCGGAUCGAUCACCAGAUGUCCGAUGAGAUCCGAGGAUUGGCAAGGACCCAACGAGCAACUACAUUCCACCUCUAUCUCGCGGCGUUCAAGGUGCUGCUGUAUCGUUUCCUUGGGACCACAGACGUCUGCAUAGGCAUCGCCGACAGCUGCCGCAGAGACGAGCACAUGUUGACUGGCAUCGGCCCCUUCCUGAACAUGCUCCCACUGAGAAUGAGUGCGGCCGCGGGACAGCGCAUCAGCGACAGCAUAGCAGAGGCUCGCCAAAAGAGUUUGCUGACACUCGCCAAUGCCUUGCCGUUGGAGGUCAUCCUGAACGAACUGCAGGUGGUUCGGGAGUCGACUCAUACCCCCCUGGCUCAAGUGUUUCUGAACUAUGCCGAAGCCAGCGUGGAAGAAGGCCAGUCUUUACUAGGCUGCCAGAUGGAAGUUGUGAGCGAAGACCAAGCAGAGUUGCCGUACGACAUGGCCUUCACCGUCAUUAAUUACACCAGCGGCCACGUGCGCAUCAUUCUGAACGUCCAGGCGUCGCUGUACACGGAGCAGGAUGCAAAUCUGAUAGCCCACGGAUAUGAGGAUAUUCUGAGGGAAUUCGUGGCAGAUCCUCAUCUUUCCGUUGGUGAUGAGUGGAAUUUUCGAGAGGGCGACCUUCACAAGGCAUUGGCCGUUGGCCAGGGGCCACUGUUCAACCCAACGUGGCCCCGGACCACGGUGCAUCGAUUUGAGGAGAUUGUCUCUUCGAGUGCGGACCGGGUUGCCGUUGCAGACAGCGACGGCAACUCGCUGACUUACGGAGAAGUCUCGAGACGUGCCGACCAGCUCGCUUCUGAAUUGCUACAAAGAGGCGUGAGACCGGGCGACAGGGUGGCCGUCUUGCAGAGCCCGACGGUUGGCUGGGUCGUGUCGGUCGUUGCAAUACUGAAAAUUGGCGCCGUGUAUGUUCCCCUGGACGUGGCAACGCCGGUGUCGCGCCUUGAAACCAUGUGUGCCGACUGCCAUCCCGCGGCUAUUCUGGUUCACGGAAACACCAUGGACCGGGGAAAAGCUUUGGCGUGUUCCAACGGCAUUGUCAUCAUCGACGCGAACGAGUUGCCGGACAAGGAGCCUCAAGAGGCCGUCCCCAUCCUCGCCGAACCAGAAGCGGCCGCCAUGGUUCUUUACACAAGCGGGUCAACUGGGAAGCCGAAAGGAGUCGUUCUCCAACACGCCAGUUUGGCCCAUGAGUUUGAACACUGUUCCGUCGUGUAUGGACUGGAACAGCACGACGUUGUAUUACAGCAGAGCGCAUGGUGCUUCGACCUGUCGGUAACUCAAAUUUUCUUGGCCUUGGGUGUGGGUGCCAAGUUGCAAAUAACGAGCGACACCAUGCGGCCAGAUCCAGAGGUCAUGGCACGAACCAUUGUACAAUGCGGCGUCACUGCGACGUAUGCCACGCCUACUGAAUACAAGAGCUGGUUGUCCCAGGACAACCAGAGACUUCUCGGCAGCUCGUCUUGGAAACUUGCCUUGGUCGCCGGCGAGCCCGUCACCAAGGACUUGCUUCAGCUCUUCCGCGGCGUAAAUCGUCCUGCUCUGCGCCUGUUUAACGUCUACGGGCCAACAGAGACAACGUGUGGCUCGACCAAGAAGGAGCUGCAGUACCAAGAUGCCGAAUCGUACCAGUCGGCCGCCAUUCCUGUUGGGCGGGCUUCCGUGAACGAAGCCUUUUACGUGUUGGACUCGAGGCAAAAUCUGCAACCGAUCGGGCAAGUUGGGGAAGUUGCCAUUGGCGGAGUGGGUGUUGCGAUGGGAUACUUCAACGAUGCAGGGUUGACUCGGGGGUCCUUCGUACCGAAUCCUUUCGCUACCGAGGAGCACAUCAGGCGAGGCUGGACUACCAUGUACCGAACUGGCGACGUGGGAUAUCUGACUUCUGACGGCACGCUGGUCCUCAAAGGACGCGUUGCAGGCGACACCGAGAUCAAACUGAACGGAGUUCGCGUGAACCUGGCUGAUAUUGAGCAGGCCGUCAUCCAGACUUCAGGGGGCGUGCUUUCUGAUGCGGUGGCCAGCGCGAGGUCAACGUCCACGUCAGAAACCACGGCUCAGUUUGUGGUGGUGCACGUGGUGUUUUCGUCGACAGGCUCAACCACCGACAACAAGACAAGCCACAUCCAGAGCCUGCUGAGGAAUCUGCCGCUGCCCCGCGCAGUGCGGCCAUCGGCAAUAAUCCCAGUCGACAGGAUCCCUCGCACAUUGUCCGGCAAGGUCGACAGGCUGACGGUUUCCGCCCUGCCUCUUCCGUCGCUGAGCCACGCCGUCCGUGAGACUGGCAAGCCGCCAGCAUUGUCGGAAAACGAGAUGCUCCUUGGAGAGCUCUGGAGACAGGUGCUUCCCGAGGAGCUGGUGCUCUUGAACAAGAUGGAAUCCGAUGCGGAUUUCUUCGCGGUGGGAGGCAGCUCCCUGCUCCUCAUUGAGCUGCGGCAUAAGAUGAAACAGCAACUUGAUAUAUCUGUCCCGCUUCUGCAGCUCUUCCAACAGAGCACACUGCGGUCCAUGGCGCGGCUGCUCGGCAGUGAAGAAGAAGAUGGUGCACAGAGAUCCGAACACAUCGACUGGGACGCGGAGACGAGCAUGCCUCACGAUCCGGUCGACGCCCGCCAAGGCCAGGGAUCACCACGCGGUUUGCAGCCGGUGCCUCCUAGGGUCGUCGUACUCACUGGCGCCACCGGUUUCCUCGGUCGACAUCUCCUGCACCGCUUAUCCGCCCAGGAGCACGUCGACAAGAUCAUUUGCAUAGCAACAAGAAACCUGCAAGCCCGAGAGGACAAGGCGCCCGCGGCCCAGUCAAAGGUGGAACAUCACCAAGGCGACCUGAGGCUUCCCAGGCUAGGACUGGACGAGCACACGGCACGCCGGAUAUUCCGAGAGGCCGGCGUGGUCAUCCACAACGCGGCAGACGUGUCCCACCUCAAGACGUACGCGUCUCUGCGCCGGGCCAACGUGUGGUCGACGCAGGAGCUCGUCAGGAUGUGUCUUCCAAGAAGGCUGCCGCUGCACUACAUAUCGACCGCCGGGGUGGCAAUGUACACGGCGUCGGAGGCGAUGCCGCAGGUCUCGGCACGCCCUUGCCCGCCGCCGACCGACGGCCGCUACGGCUACGUGGCGUCCAAAUGGGCCAGCGAGGUGGUGCUCGAAAACGCCCACGCUCAGCACGGCCUGCCCGUGCACAUCCACCGGCCGUCAAGCAUCAUCCGGCCGGAGCAGGACGUUGCGGGCGGCGGCGCCGCGGCGGACGUGGUGCAGAACAUGCUCGACUACUCCCGGCGCAUACGUGCCGUGCCGGCCGCGCUGUCGCGGCUACCCGGAUCCGUGGACCUCGUCUACCCGGAGACCGUGAGCGCAAGGGUCGUCCAGGCGGCGCUGCGGCGCGGGCCCGGAGCCGAAGACGGCCCCGUCACGUACAUCCACGAGUCGGGGGACGUGGAGGUGCGCCUCGCCGACAUCCGCGGCCAUGUGGCGAGCGCCGGGGGGGAGCACGUGGACGUGGAGGAGCUACCGUUGGAGGACUGGAUCCUGCGCGCACAACAAGCCGGCAUGUCGGAGUGCAUGGCGGCUGUCCUGCGCGGGAUAGGAACAGGGGCCGGCGAGACGCUCAAGUUCCCAAGGCUUCUACGAGACUGA